AUGGACGGAAGCGGCCCCUCCGAGCUGCCCCCUGGGGCGGCUGAUCCAGAGCGCGGUGCCGGCCAAGUUAGCAGCGUGCCCGCCUCCCCUUCCGGAGAGGUUCACCAGGAGGUCAAGGGGGUCGUCCUUUCAUCGGUCUUAGACUUGAGUCAACGUGGCCUUCACCAUUUAGAAGAGAUCUUUAAAAUCCCCAACAUUAAACAACUGCAUCUUCAAAGAAACGCCCUCUGCGAGAUUCCCGCAGACUUCUUCCAGUCGCUGCCAAACCUCGCGUGGCUGGACUUCCGCUACAACAGCAUCAGAGCUCUUCCUUCUGGGAUCGGGUCUCACAAGCAUUUGAAAACUUUGCUUUUAGAAAGAAAUCCUAUCAAAAUGUUACCUGUGGAGCUGGGGAACGUGACCACACUGAGAGCCUUGAACCUGAGACACUGCCCCCUGGAGUUCCCCGCCCCCCUCGUCGUGCAGAAGGGACUGGGUGCCAUCCUGGCCUUCCUGCAGGCCUGCACCAUGCAGCGGCCUCCUCCCUGAGGGUCAGCUUCUCCAGAGUGUGUGGCCGACAAAGACGCUGUUAAUUCUCAGGAUCGGAGGGGGAGGUUAAAAGAAAAGGCAGACUUUCUCCCUCCUGUUGAAAAGCUAGGCCUGAGUGAGCUGGGCAAGUCCACUGCCUCCCCAGAAGACUGGCCGGGCAAGGAGGAAAUCAGGCGCUUUUGGAGGCUGAGGCAGGAGAUUGUCGGGAAGGAGCGGGAGGAAGUGCUUGCAAAGCAGCUCUUACCGGCAGAGUUACCUGCAAACCUCAAGGCGGCUCUGAACACGAAGGAGAAAGAACAUUCCGGCUCCAGACACGCUCUCAGAGACGAAGGAGCGCCGCGGGAGUGGCGGGAGCGAGCCCGGACCCAGAGGACAGCGGAGGCGGCCCUGGGCAAGCCCCUGCCUCCCCAGAGGAGUCUGGUACAGGGACGCCAGCGGGAGGGGUCUCAUCCCGUCCGGGGGCCACGGUGCCCGCUGCAGAGGUGGAGCCUGCGGCCCGCUGACAGACCUAUUUCCUCUCGUGUGGUGUCAAAGAUUCCCCGUGCCGUGGAUUUGGCAGACAAUGAGAAAAUGCCAGUGAAUCCACCCGGAAACGUGAGGCAAAGCAAAGAGAAGUCCUCGCAAACAAGUGAAGAAAUGAGGGCCUUCCGAGAGGAGCUCUGGGAAGAAAACCUAAAGCAGCACAUUCAGAAAACGCACGAGGGAAGAGAAAGAUUUCGAGGCACAGCGCCACUCAAGGAAAUGAGUCCGGCUGUCCGGGACUUGGAGAUUGCCAGGAAGCUACAGGAUCAAGUGACGGAGUCGGGACCGGGGCCCACCUUAACUAGAAGCCACCGGUUCGCGGCUCUCGCUGGGCACCGUCCACGCCACCCACCUGCGUCCCAGCCCCAGAAGAUACUGUUCGACACGAAAUACUGA